AUGGAGCACUUGCUCCAUGGGCUCCUUGGCAUUGUCCCAUACUUCGAUGACGUCCUGAUCGCUGCAACCAGCCGCUCAGGGCUCAUCGAAGUACUUCGGAAGGUCCUCGACCGUUUCAGGGGUGCGGGCCUCAAAUUAAAGCUCAGCAAGUGUUCUUUUGCUGUGCCUAGGGUGGAAUUCCUGGGCUUCAUGAUUCACGCCCAGGGAAUCCACCCCACCCGUUCUAAAGUUGCGGCCAUCAAGAACGCCCCUGCACCCACCUCCAAAGCGGAGCUGCAAGCGUUCCUCUGCCUUUUAAAUUUUUACACGCCGUUUCUCCCUCACAAGGCGUCACUAGCCGAGCCGCUGCAUCGGUUGCUUGACCAAUCUGUGGCCUGGCAAUGGGGCUGUCAAGGCCGUGCUGACAUCAGAGGCAGUCUUAGUGCAUUAUUCCUGGUCGCUGUGGAUGCCUACUCUCACUGGGUGGAGUUGGUGCUGAUGCGCUCCACCACUGCGGAGAGUACGGUGCAGGCUUUGCGGCGCUUGUUCGCCACUCAUGGGUUGCCGGACAUCGUGGUGUCCGACAAUGGCCCGCAAUUCUCUUCCGCAGUCUUCCAGGGUUUCCUGGCUGCCCAAGUGAUCCGCCACGUGCCGGUCGCCCCUUACCAUCCGGCCAGCAAUGGCUGGGCGGAGAGGGCGGUCCGCUCAGCCAAGGAGGCUUUGGGCUGUUUGGACUGUGGCGACUGGCAGACUAUACAGCCAGUCAUCAUGACAAUAGCUAACAAUUUUGUGACGGACAAAAACUCUGGAGAAGUCAUGACGGUUGGCUCUGUAAAUCACGCUCAGCAUUACAAAUUGUUCUUCACAGACGUAGUGAUGUCAGCAAGGACACUCAUCCAUCUGUUCCAGUCACUGAAUCCACAAAUGUUGCAGAAAAAAUUCCGGGGUAAACCAACAGAAGCCACAUCAGAAGCCAAGAUCCACGAAUACGGGGAAUUGGAUGUCAAAGAUUAUAUUCCGGGAGCUGAAAUCCUGGCGCUCGAGAAAGAAGGAGAAAACGACCUUGAAGAAGAAGGAGAUGGUUGGGAGACAGCCAGCUGCAGCGAAGAGGAAGACGAUGAAGAGGGAGAAUGGGUGGACGUCCAUCAUUCCUCGGAUGAGGAGCAGCAGGAGAUAGCUGGCAAGACCGACAGGAAAGAGUUUGUGAAGAAGAAAACGAAGCUGAACCCUUACGCCAGCUCCACGAACAAAGAGAAGAAAAAGCAUAAGAAUUUCAUGAUGAUGCGAUACAGUCACAACGUCCGGACGAAAAAUAAGCGUUCGUUUAGGGAGAAGCAGGCAAGUUGACAAUUCGUUAUCAAAAAGGUCUCCAAAUAAUAGGUAGUCCUCGGCUUAACGACCACAAUCGAGCCCCAAGUAUCC